AUGGCCAUCAAGGCCACUCGCAAGAGCGCUCCAGCCACCGGAGGAGUCAAGAAGUCUCAUCGCUACCGGCCAGGACCUGUCGCUCUGCGUGAGAUCCGUCGUUACCAGAAAUCGACCGAGCUGCUGAUUGCAAGUUGCCUUUCCAGCGUCUGGUCCGUGAAAUCGCCCAGGACUUCAAGACCGAUCUGCGCUUCCAGAGCUCGGUCGUUAAUGGCCCUACAGGAAUCCAGCGAGACCUAUCUGGUCGGUCUGUUCGCCAUCCACGCCAAGCGUGUCACAAUAAUGCCAAAGGGCAUUCAGCUGGCUCUUCGUAUUUGUGGUGAACGCUCCUAA